CUCUGCUAAUGUCAGCCGUAGAUGGGCGUCACCACUUUCAUUCACUCCAUUUAAACAACCUGCUGCAGAAGCGACGACGGGAUCGCUUCAUCAUCGGCUGAUAAGAACGAAUCCGUGGAUUAAGUUUGCGCACUGACCAAGCAUUAAAGACACAAUGACAGAGUUGCAGUCUUCAACACCAAAUGAAAAGAUGAGUCUAAGUGGCAGCGAACUGACUGAAUUCUUCGCCAUGUGGGACGAAUUAAACUUCACAGACGCCAAUGACAACAGCACACGGGUGGAAGCGCAAAUGUGCCCCACCUUCUUCAACCGUUCCGCUCUCCUCAAUGCUAUGUGCACCCUCUAUGCCUUCAUUUUUGUUGUGGGCCUGGCCGCCAAUGCGCUAGUAGUGUGGGUCAACUUGCGCUCGGAGCGUCAUUACCACGAGACACACUUGUAUAUUUUAAACCUAGCGGUGGCUGACCUAUGUGUGGUUGCUACUCUCCCGGUGUGGGUGAGCUCGCUGGCACAAGGUGGCCACUGGUCGUUUGGCCAGGUGGCUUGUAAGCUCACGCAUCUUCUGUUCAGUGUCAACCUUUUUGCCAGCAUAUUCUUCCUGGCCUGCAUGAGCGUGGACCGUUAUCUUUCGGUGGUACGCUCGGAGGAGAUUUCACCCAGACGAGGACGACAAAUACGCCGUUUAGUGUGUGCGGUGACGUGGCUGCUUGCUUUAUUCGCCUCAAUACCUGACACAUACUUCCUGCAAUCUGUAAAGUCACUACACGGUCAUGUGACCUUGUGUCAUCCUGUAUAUCCAGAGGACAACCCUUUGCAGUGGAUGGUGGGCAUUCAACUGAGUUUUGUGGUUCUUGGUUUUGUCAUUCCCUUCCCCGUUAUAGCAGUGUCCUAUGCACUGUUGGCAAAAGCUCUGGCUUCCUCUUCCUCUCAUUCCCCUUUACAUGGUGACCAGGAUCGCAGCGUGAGCAGGAAGGUCAUCCUCACGUACAUAGUGGUUUUUAUAGCUUGCUGGGCCCCAUAUCAUGCUGUGCUGUUAGCCGACGCUCUAGUCAUGCUAGGUGUGCUCCCAUUGGGCUGCGGCUCAGAGAACGGCCUUUUUGUGGUGCUGCACCUCACGCAAUGCUUGUCGCUGCUGCACUGCUGCGUGAACCCCAUUGUCUACAGCUUUGCUCACCGUCACUACCGCUAUGACCUCAUGAAAGCCUUCAUCUUCAAAUACUCCACCCGUACUGGGCUGGCGCGACUCAUGGAGGGCUCUCAGGGCACCGAGACAGAAUACGCAAUGGUGGAGACCAACGCUAUGGCUGUGAGUUAGGACCCUCGAGACGUCACCCUCAACCAAAGUUCUGCACUGCUUCAAAACAAGAACUUCUCUGAUGUUAUCCUGAAAUUUAGAUGAACAAAACUGAAUUUAAGUUCCCGCAAAUGCUCAACAGUGACCCCAAAGAUAGUGAAUUAAUUUGAAAUGUGCCAAAAACUGAUGGAAUUUUACUGUACAGCCAAUCGAUUGGUUCCAUUUUGACUAGCAGCCAAAAUUGUAUACUUUAUACAAAAAAAUGUUACUUUAGAGAAACCUGUAUGCUACUGUAUGCUGUAUCAUUCAGGAAACAAAAUAAUUGUGUCCAAUAAUCACUUUUCAGAAAUGCUUUCAAUCAUCAUAAAUGAUUUAUGAUGCAACAUACAAAUUGUAAGUAACGUACUGUUGAUGUAGUUCUUAAUUGUGUGUUAAUAUUUAGAUGUGGCUCAAUUGCUACUGCCGAUUUUUUUGGGGGGCUUUUGUAUCAGUGGCAAGAUAAUUGGCAUUACCUUUGUAUUUUGUGUUCACAUGUUCUCCACAACAGCAUAUUCCAACAUGUUUGAAGAAUAGAACAAAAAUAAGUUAUUUUUAACUGGAUCUUGAUGUGCAACUGUGUACUUCAUUGUAGGCUUUGUUCAUGUGUGUAAAUUAUGUUUUAAGAUGGCUGUUAUCUUGUAACGUGUGUACUUAAGGGCAUUUACUUUAUUUUGUCUUUGAUACGUAAAUGUGUAUAAUUUAGUUAUCUAAAUGUAAUUUAAGUAUGUUGUUAUAUUUAUCUUUGGCAUUUAUUUUUGAUAGUUUUGAGUGCAAUGCUGAAUACUUAAAUGUGCUUGGAAAUAAAUAAUUUGAUUCACAGUGCCAGGAAAUACAUUAUCCUCAUCUCAGUUUAAUUUGUGAAAUCAUUAAACCUCAGUGGUCCUUAUUUCAAUUUAUAAGUAUCUGAUAGAAAAUGCAUGGUUAGAUGAACCCGCUUGAGCUGGACGUAAUAUGGAUUUAAUCUAGCCAUGACUUUUAUGUUUGAUUAUUAAAAUCAACACUGUAUAUUACUGGUUCACCAUCUUUUCAUUUCACCAUAAAGGCAUCAUAAAAACUUAUAGGUAAUGACUAGUACAACAAUGUAAAUUAUCAUGGUGAAAGUUUUAAUACUGUCUCAAGAUGGUCAUAACAGGAUAUUAACUGGCAGUGAAGCAGAUUUAACCACAUUCUGCUAAUUCAAUUUAUCUAAAACUGUUAAAAUGUCGAAACUUGAGGAGAUGUAACUGGAAAUACAAUUACCACUCACGCUGACCUAUACACUCUUAGUAGAAUUUUCAUUAAUUCUCAAGAUGAACUUAUAAUAAAAAAUAAAAAAAUUCUGACCAAGGCCUGUUUUGUGUU